GGGGAAAGGUCGCAGUUGUGCCAGCAUUUAUAUACACCGUGUACUCAUUCAGAGUACCAUAAGAGGAGAAUCUGUGGGGAGAUUUGAUUCUGGCUGUGGUGGUUUCUUGAAUCGGUAUCAUGGCGCUCCUCAGAGGUGUAUUCAUUGUAGCUGCCAAGCGCACUCCAUUUGGUACCUACGGUGGCGUGCUGAAGGAUCACAGUGCAACAGACUUGGCUGAGCAUGCAGCCAGAGCAGCGCUCGCUGCAGGGGCUGUGGCACCUGAACUUGUGAACAGUGUCAUCAUGGGAAAUGUGAUGCAGAGCUCAGCAGAUGCUCCCUACAUAGCUCGUCACGUGGGUCUAAGGUGUGGUGUUCCUAUCCCAGUGCCUGCUCUCACUGUGAACAGACUGUGUGGAUCUGGUUUCCAAUCUAUCAUCAGCGGUGCUCAAGAGAUUUGCCUCAGGGAGUCGGAGGUGGUUCUGUGUGGAGGCUCAGAGAGUAUGAGCCAGGCCCCGUAUGCUGUUCGUAAUAUACGAUUUGGUACAAAGUUUGGAUUUGAUCUCAAGCUAGAGGACACCUUGUGGGCGGGUCUGACUGACCUGCAUGUCAAGAUCCCCAUGGGCAUCACAGCAGAAAAUCUGGCAGAUAAAUACCAGAUUAAAAGAGAAGACUGUGAUAACUACGCUCACCAGACACAACAGAGGUGGAAGGCAGCUCAUGAGGGUGGUCACUUCACUGCAGAAAUCGCUCCCAUUGAUGUGAAAGCUAAGAAGGGCAAAGUGGCCAUGUCUCAGGAUGAACACCCUCGUCCUCAGACCACGCUGGAACAGAUGGCCAAACUGCCCACCGUCUUUAAGAAGGGAGGGACUGUAACUGCUGCUAACGCUUCAGGUGUAUCUGAUGGUGCUGCUGCAUUGGUGAUUGCAAGUGAAGAUGCCUUAAAAGAACACAAACUUACGCCGCUGGCCAGAGUCGUGGCCUACCAUGUAUCAGGCUGUGACCCGAGCAUCAUGGGAAUCGGUCCCGUUCCAGCAAUCACAGAGGCUUUAAAAAAGGCUGGUCUAACUCUCAAUGACAUGGAUCUUGUGGAGGUGAAUGAGGCUUUUGCCCCUCAGUACCUGGCUGUUGCUAAGGCUCUUGGUCUUGAUCCAGAGAAGAGCAACGUUAACGGUGGAGCUAUCGCCAUUGGACACCCUCUUGGUGCUUCUGGAGCUCGCAUCACUGGCCAUCUGGUCCACGAACUCAGGCGACGUGGAGGAAAGUACGCUGUGGGCUCUGCCUGCAUCGGUGGUGGUCAGGGCAUCGCCAUCAUCAUUGAGAACUGCUGAAUGAAGAAGAUCCAGAUAUCUGAAGAACUCCUGUGGAAGAAUGUCUCCCACCAACGUCCACUCGUAAUAAAUGAAAUACAAACGACACAUACUUAGAGGAGAUUUUAUAAAAAGUAGUCACAUGAGGUUUCCUCAACAUGACUAAUGAGGUCUCAUUUUUUCUCUGGCACACAAUGAAACCAUCAACAUGGAUGUUUUGCUUCCUCUUUGUGCUAAAUUUUAGCCUUUUUCUAUAAAAGUGCACUAUGCUCAGUGCUGAUUGUACAGUGAAAGCAAGGGGCCUCCUUUUGUGCCUAAAAAACUUUUAGGUUGUUGUUUAAAGUAACACGUAGCAAAAGAUUUACCCAUACAGUACACCUUGUGUUUGGUUACAGUAAGGCUUAAUAAACUCUGAUGUUUGCCUUAAAAUGUUCUAAUCACUCCAUUAUCAGAGAAUUGUACAACAACAAAAUGUGGCCUGUGGCCUAUGAUCUGAUAUGACUGCAGCAAAACUGAUUCUGCUUUUUGUAUUUAUGUGUCAAAGGAUCUCAAUAAAUAACAUUUUCAAAGAA